UGUGAGCGCCCACAGCGCCCCCUUUGGAAACUCGCGGAACAUCAUUGCUUAUUAUUGCUGCUGGCUUCUGUUGGGGCUUAUUUUUACAGUAAGUUUACAGAAACUGUGGUUCAAAUCCUAGUUGACUACCUGCCCAGACAACUUUUUGAGACAUAGCAGGAGUCUUUCUUUAGUUUUCCUCUAUGCUCCAGCUGCGGCCGGUGGAAGAGGAUGAAUCAGCUUCUGAGAGUCUGGGGCUGAACCGAGCGGUGGCAGAUAAUGACAGCUUCCUAUUGGCCGAGCUGCUGUCACAAGAACGCUACAGGAAGUGCAUCAAUCAACAGAGCGGUUGGGGCAUCCCAGUUACCCCUUUACGCAUGGCUGCAUCCAAAGGUCACCUAAAGUGCCUGCAGGUGCUCCUGGCCCAUGGAGCAGAGGUGGAUCGCCUGGAUGUGAAGGCCCAGACUCCUCUUUUUACCGCUGUGUGCGGGCGGUAUUUGAGUUGUGUGCUUGCCCUGCUUCGCGCUGGGGCUAACCCUAAUGGAAGUCACUUGAACAACAGCUCACCUGUGCUCACCGCCGCCCGGGAGGGCGACCCAGAGAUCCUCCAGCAGCUGCUUCGGCAUGGAGCGGAGGUCAACGCCAGAUCAAACGUGACGCUGUGGGCAUCGGGGGUUGCUGUGUGCAGCGGGCCGCUUUACAUGUCUGCAAUAUAUGGACACUUGGAUUGUUUUAAAAUGUUGCUGUUGUACGGAGCAGAGCCGAACUAUAACAGCCCGGAUGAAAAAGUCAUCGGCAAAGCCACGCAGCAGAAGACGGUGCUGGAAUUGUGUUUGAGACACGGCUGUGGAGUCGAAUACAUCCAACUGCUUAUUGACUUUGGGGCCAAUGUCUACCUGCCCACCCUCAUUAUAGAGAAGAGCACCAAACAGAAUGAAGCUGUCGAGCUGCUACUAAAAGAACGAGGGUGUCCGAAGCCUUUGGCAUCUCAGUGUAGGCUGAUCAUCCGUAGACAUCUGAAACAAAUGAACAGGAUGCAGUUCAUAGAUACGCUGGAUAUUCCACCCAGGCUCAUCAGCUAUCUUAAACACAAGCCUAUGUAUAGUGCAUUGGUUGACUGAUGGUGCAUACUCAACUGUGCCUAUAUCAAAGGACGGGCUCAAACGCACACUUCUAUAUGGAUUCAGACAGACUUACAGACCCAUGAUGAGACCUGCAUACAACAGUACAGUUAGACAGAUGUGAACUCACGUGUAUGCAAUAUAUCAAAGACCGAUAUACUAUGCUGUCAAGCCCAGUUUACCUCUGUGGAAAAAAACAUUUUACGUUAAUUUGCUUGAAUGUGAUUUAAAUUACACAAAGUGUGUAAUAUAGAACAUUGCCAGAAGUGUUGUUGUAAUUAAUGUUCUGAAACUAUGCAUUGUUUUUGAGAUUUAAUUCUCAUACUAAAUAAAACAGUUGUAAAUUGUUUUUA